AUAACAUGUGCACAAACUGACAACUCGUAAUCUAUGAAAACUGUGCAUGGUAGGGUAAGUGCAGGUGUACACAAACUUGCCUUAUCAUGUACACAGGCUGAAACAGGGUAACUACUGAAAUAUGCCAAGUAACCAUUACACGCACAAAAGUGUAUAUUGUGUACGCCAACCACUCAUAUUUACUGUACUGUAGGCCUGCCGAGAAAUAGAACAACAUCACGUGACAUUUCUUACAUGACACCGUCCCAAACCUUGCUUGACGUGCAAACAAAACUGAUCACUUUAUGUAAGGACUAACAUCAUUAAAUCUUUGUCCCAGGGUUGUCUGUGUCAGGUCUGUCAAUCACAACACCAGGUGAUGUCGUGGCCACUCGUCCAUUUACCCUGGAGUGUAGGAUAACCAGACCGGCAGGUGACAGGAAUAGUACGUCCUGGUAUUACAGCUAUAAUCAGAACAUAUCCCAUAUAUACUUAGCUCGUGAGUGUACACCGUCAAUACCGGUAUCAUCAGAAUCACCAGCAGGGUUAUCAGGGGGAUGUCAACACGUCAACGGUGAAGAAGUUUACACACUGACGAUACAGAACGUCACAGAAGACACGGGCCAGGUUAAAUGGAUUUGUCAGUACAAAGGACAGGAGAUUGACAUUACCCUGGAUGUUCAAGUUAUGGUGACUCGGGUAACUCUGAGGAACCCUCCAGAUGCAGUGUUAGCCGGUGACCCAAUCACCUUUACCUGUAAUACCUCGGCCAGUAAACCCCAGGCUUGUAUAAGAGGGUAUAUACGGAGUUCCGGUAAUGUCCAGGAGCUAGACCCGAAUGCCUGUAACCAGGACUCCAGCUUGGUACAGACCACAGCUCGGACAUUCACGUUUACAGCUAGUGCCGAAGAGAACGGAGCUGAGCUGUACUGUAACGCCUCCAACAGUGUGACGGAUCCCCCUGUGCGCUCACUAGUCUACACACUCAAUGUGAACUAUCCUCCACAAAAUGGCGUCCGCUUGACAGGUUAUGUUAACAACACAGCCGUGGAGUCUGGAGAAACACUGGCCUUGACUUGUCAGGUGGGAAAGGGGAAUCCCCGACCAGCACUAACAUGGUCAUCGGAGUGUGGUGAGACAAACACAGUCCCUGGUAACGAUGGAAGUCAGCAGAUCAGUAUCAGCAUAACCGUCAGUCCGUCCCUAAACCAGAAGACGUGUGUAUGUCAGGGGAGUCAGGACGGGGUGUUGACAAGAUGGACGGAGCAGAAGAGGAGAAUAUUUAAUGUUUUUUUCGGACCUGACAGCCUUCAGCUCCGGGCAGGUUCCGGACAAUCGGGUAACACUGUCACCGUCACAGAGAACAGUACAGUGACAUUUAUAUGUAACACUAGUGAGUCCAAUCCCGCUGCCGUUCUCUCCUGGUACAACAACAGCAGUCCUAUAGCAGCAGCAAAGGUAUCAGAAGUGAUCUCACAGCGAAGUCCCAACCACGGAUACCUGACCACACAGCGGUAUACAGUGAGGGUUGAUCGAUAUCAGGAUGGUGACGUCAUCAGGUGUGAGGCUCAGAGACCUGGACGAAAUAAACGUGUAUCACACAACCUAGCCAUGAACGUCAAUUAUGCACCACAAAUAUUGUGUAACGCAAGUCACGUGACCGUGUUCGAGGGUCAGCUGGUGAAGAUCUCCUGUGACGUCAUUUCCAAACUUGAGGUGUCUGUCUUGUGGGUUAAAGAUGGUCGGCAAAUUGACGACGCUUCCAUUACCAACUACCGGGGUCCAAACCAGCGUGACGUCACUGUAGCCACCAUUGAGUUUGGUCAGGCGGAUAAGUCACUGUCCGGGAUAUAUCAGAUCGAGGCUAGGAAUAGUGUGGGCUCAUUUCAUAUGGAAGUGUCUGUCACAGUGAUAGAUGGUCAGUAUAUUCCUAGUGAAAUGGAUACAAAAUCUUGCUCCAACAGCCAGGCUACCUUGGUCUGGGCGUCUGGGAUUGACGACUCUCUGGUGGAAUACUACCAGCUGGAGUACAAAGGAACAGAGGGUCAUUGGAAGGAAGAACUCGUCAGAAACCCGGGCAGGAUAAAACUUGUGCGGAAAACCUUGAGGGAUCUUGAGCCUGGAGUGUUCUACCAGUUCCGACUUCGGCCUGUCUCCGACAUUGUCUUGAUGGAGUACGCUACAGCCAACUGUACUGUCCACAAUUCACAAACAUCUGAGGCGGGCCUCAGUAAAGCCACCAUGUUAGGUGUGGGGUUUGUGGCUGGUAUCGCUCUCGUCACUCUCGCGGUUAUCAUGGUGACGUGCUGUCUUCUGCGUAGAGGACGAUUAAUAUGGCAAAAAGAACUGCGGUCGUCUGAUAAAGGGAAUGGAGAACACGAUGUAAGUCUUCAAAGCGUUGGUGAAGACAUCGAAAUGCCUGAGCCUCCACCACUAGGUGAGUAUGAAGACCUGGACAACACGCCAAGACCAGGUCCACAUUACGAAGAUCUGUCUGAGAAUGUGUCGUCGACAAGACGUUCUGACACGGGAGUUUACGAGAAUGCCACUGUGAUGUGAAAUGAACACUUGUUCCGGGCAAAAAAAACCUCACAAUUUUUUGUGUUUACGUUGCACGAACUUCACACUCGUUGAAUAGAAUCUUUGUUAGCUGGGAGAUCAGUUAGCGAUGUUUUCUGCUUCCAAAUGUUUCUUUGCUGUUUCUGAAUUCAUGUUUUGAAGGUGUAAAACAACUAGUUGAGUGCAGCAGAAGCAGGUUUAUUUUAAUCCUGGAGUAAUUCUGACUUUAUAUGACCUUUUGUCUCCGAACAAUAUAGAUCAGAAGGCGACACAAAAUUGAACAGCGGGUGAACACAGUAUAUAUGAGCCAACAUAUGCCACCUAAUACGUUGCAAAGUUAGAUUCGGCCGAUGUUCCAAACAUUUUUUAUUCCUCGUGGUUGUGGCUAUUAGUUGCACUCUUUUCAUUUUUAAAAGAAAGAUUAAACCUAAACAUGUUAGUUGUUUUUUUAAUGGUGUACAACUUGUUUUAUUCCACUCAUGCAAAGACUUUAUCUCACUUGUUUUGUCGAUGCCCAAUGCAAACGAGUCGAGUCGAGUCGAAAAUGGCGGUGAAAGUUACAGAUAAAAGGUAGCUUACCUGUACAUACAGCGUAUAUUAAUAAUUAUAUUCCCAUUUAUUGACAAUAAUAUUAAACCGACUCAAUUAAAUAUUCAAUUAAAUAUUGAACUCCCUUUAAAUAAUAUUUGCAUCAAAUAAAAGAAAGUGUUUUGUUAUAAAUA